ACCCGCAGUAUCGCUGAGAGAUGGUGCCCCUGUGGGGGCCGUUCUGGAUGCAGGGCUCCAGGGCGCAGUCGUAUUUCUGCAGGUGUGAGAAUUGCUCUCCCUAACGAUCCCUCCCCCCACAGGGCUCUGUACUCGUACGAGGGCGACAGCAAUGACCUGAUCCUGGCAUCCUGCGGAGGUGGGGGCCUGGCUGAGAUCGCGGGAGCAGUUGAUCAGACGCGCGUCAUGUAUGGGUUCUGCAGCAUGAAGGAGCCCAACUCUGCCCUGCCCCGAUACAUCCUCAUCAACUGGGUUGGAGAGGACGUCCCUGAUGCCCGGAAGUGUUCCUGUGCCAGCCACGUAGCAACCGUCGCCGAGUUCUUCCAGGGUGUGGACAUCAUCAUUAACGCCAGCAGUGUGGAGGACAUGGACCCGUCUGCCGUGGGCCAGCGGCUCAGUAACGGGCUGGUUGCCGUGGCGAGCCCCGUCCUCAACCGCCUACGCCUGAAGGACGAGGAGCAGGCCGAGAACGUGGGCACCAAGUACCAGAAGACCAACGCCGAAGUCGAGAUGAAAAAAAUCAACAGGGAGGAGUUCUGGGAACAGGCCAAGCGCGAGGAGGAGCUGCGGAAGGAGGCGGAGAGGAAGAAGCUGGCGGAGGAGAGACAGCGUUUUGAGGAAGAGAGGAUGGAGCUGGAGAAAAAGGAGCAGGAGGACAGAGAGAGGAGGUACAGAGAGAAGGAGGAGCAGAUCGAGGAGCACAGGAAGAAGCUGCAGGAGGAAGAGGAGGCCUGGGAGAAGAUAAGGAAUCAGACGCUGAUCACAGUGGAGAGCUGUGACGAUGCGUCGGACAAAAGGGAGACGGAGGUGGAGGAGGCAGCAGCCAUCAUAGCCCAGCGGACUGAUAAUCCUCGGGAGUUCUUCAAGCAGAAGGAGAUGGGUGUGGCUACCAGUGUGGACAGCUCCCCGGUGUCCACACACAGAACCGGCCGUUUGGACAGUCCUUUCUUCAAGCUCCAGCACAGCCCUGCUGAGCCCAGCCCGCCCCCUCGCUCCCCGCCCCUGGGCAGGCUGCAGCCCCACAGCCCUGGUAGGUAGAGCCCCCUGCUGGAGGGAGGGAGAACUGCAGAGAGAGAGAGAGAGAGAGAGAGAGAGAGAGGCUGACCGA